AAACGCAUCAUUGAAAACAAUCACAGAUUUUAUAACUAAUCUUGAAAAAACAUGAAAAGCGUUGUGAUCUUUUUUCUUCUCUCUUUAUCCGUGUCCGUCUUUUCCGACGCCGCUAGAACCGGCGGCUGGACUCCGAUCAAGGACAUCAAAGAUCCAUACGUGAAGGAGAUCGCUGAAUUCGCGUUGACGGAACACGGGAAACAAUCUGGUGAGAAAUUGAGUCUGGUGGAAGUGAUUAGCGGUCAAAGCCAGGUUGUGGCCGGAACGAAUUAUCUACUUGUGUUGACGGCGAAAGAUGGAUCUGCUGCUACCAAGAAGUAUGAAGCGCAAGUUUGGGAUAAACCUUUUGCACAUUCUAGGAGCCUCACUUCGUUUAAACCAGUUGCUUAAUCAUGCUUUUUUUUGUAAUGUUGUAAAGUUGUUAUAAACUGUGUUGUUGGAUUUUCUAUGAUAAUAAUAAUAAUGUUUUGAUUUUAGCAA